GCGUCGCCCGCACACGUCGCCAGCGACUCGCAGUGCCCGUCCCGCCCUGCCCUGGCCUUGCCGCCCCCUCGCCCGCGCGCUCUCUUCGGCGCGGUGCCUUCGCUUUAAGUUUCCCCCGUCCGCGCUCGACUCUUGCCUCAGCAACCUCCGAACCGCCCCCCGGAUCAUCUCGCCUUGGCUGCUCUUUGCCUUUCCUUCACUCAUCUACCACCGCUCCGGCUGUCUCUCCUCCCAGUCUUGGCCUCUGCCUCUUUUUGUUCCUUUGCUCUCCUUCGCUGGUCCUCGAAACCUUCUUCGUGCGCUCGUCCGCUUCCGUUCGUCUCCCAACUUCCGUCGCGCUCCUUCGCCGCGUGCCUUUCCAGUCGCUCGUUCGAGCCAGCCUAUCUGCACCCAAGAGCAACCCUGUCAACCACUCCUCUCGUUCGCCACGCCCCCGUUCUUUGGGACCCGGAUCCGCAAAAAAAAAAAUUCACAGCAUUCUAGGUCCCGCCGUCCGGCGAGGAAUCGUUUACGUUCUUUCGCAUACGCCAAGUAUAUAAAUCCGCGGCGUGGAGUUCGAAUCGUGGCCCACCUCGCACGCCUUUGUCGUCCUGCCUAGAGCAACAACAGACUUGCGCUCCUAUUCCGACCGCGUCGCAUUCGCUUGUCAACCCACGCUCUUUUGAUAGUCGCCCGACUGCUCACUCGCUCGCAAUGCGCUUCUCUCUGCUCGUCGCCGCCGUCGUGCCCGGCAUGGCCCUCGCACAGAACGGCUACGGCGGCAGUUCCGCCGCCGGUGGCCAGACCACUACCAUUCACGUCACCUCCACAGUCACGGGCACCGUCACCAACGUCGUCACGGCCACCAUGACCAAGUCCAACAGCAGCGCGCUCGUCACGCCGCUCACGCACGCAAACACCACCACCACCAAGGCCGUCACUUCCCCGUCGGCCACCUCCGCUCUCCCUGUUCAGGUCACCAACGCUGCCCCACGAAGCGCAAUGGACGUCGCGCUCGCCGGGAUUGCGGGCGCAGCCCUGUAUAUCCUUCUGUAAAUACCCAUGGCCUUUGAGCGCACGGUGUAUCCUCUCCUUCGCGACCCAUGGAACCUAUCUUUAUGCUGGUCACGAGCCGCGCCCAUUCCUGCAGAGGUGUGCAACAGGCCUGCACCCUCAUGCCUUGGAACGAACACCAAGAGCCGUCAUCGAGAGGAACCGAAUCACGGCGCCCAACACGUUAUGCCCCUUCAUCACGAUCAGCUUUUGCAUAGACGCUUUUUGGAUUUGCUUUUAUUUCCUCUUUUUCCAAGCAUUCGUUGAAGACAACCUACCACUAUCCAAGCUUCUUCCAGCUUCGAAUCUUUCACACAUUCACUUCAAUCGACGCUUGAGGCGCAGACGGCGGAGCUGGCUUGGUGAUACCCCCUUACUAUAUUGCUGCUGCAUUUUGUUACGCGAACACGCGCGGGGACGAGGGAGAGCAUCAUUGCGUUCUUUUUUUUUUCCCCUUUGUAACUGUUGAUUCGCGAAAGGGGCUGCAGCGACGUGCGAGUGCAAAGGUCAAUGGAGAACAGCUAGAUAUGCAGAUGACCACCUCAAAGAGAGCAACAAAAUUAAAGAUCAUACGAAAAUCAUUCAAGGACUCAAGUAUCAUC